CAAAAUCAUCUUCAAAUCUCUUAACAGUUUAAAGAGAAUUAUAUCUCAAAUUAAAAGAGGAAUCGUAGAGUUUUUGGGUUAGAUAAAGUUGGAAUAUUUUUCAUACUCGAUUACUCCAAGCUUACGAAAUAAGUGUCAUCAUGAUGAGAAAACUCAACUUGUAAAAUAUUUUCAUAACUAUUUGAACCAUGAUUCAACUGUUACACCAGCAUCAGGAUCAAAAUGAAACUCGUUCAUUGAAUUGAUCAAUGAUUUGGUAGUUGAACCCCUUAAUUCGGAUACUUGUACUAAAUUUUCUUGAAUUGACAACUUUUAUACCAUCACUUCGAUCAUUCUUAAUUGUGAUGCUUGAAAUUCUUUUUACUAAUGCUGCAAAAUAGAUUUGAACUGAUCUACUGAAAUUGACAUUCUGAUAAAACAAGCUAAUUCAUAAACUAAUCUAAAUAUUAACCCUGAAAUAUGUUCUGAAAAGAACUGUCAGUUGACCAAUUAAUUGACCAUCUUAAACAGAUGAAGCUUAAUCAAUAUUGAAGCUGGUUAUUUAUUAUUCAACAAUUUCUCGUUAUUUUCCAAUCCAUUAAAGGAACGUAGUUUCUUUCGACGUUUACUUAUGUCCUAUUGGUGUCCUAGACCUAUAAAUGGAGCUCAAAUGUUACUAGAAGAAUUAAAAUAUUCAUAUUGUUUCUCUACUGGAAUUGACAACUUGGACAAUCUACUUAAUGGAGGUUUAAGAACCAGUGAAAUUACAGAAAUAAUCGGUAAAUCUUCUAGUGGGAAAACUCAAUUCUGCCUUUCUGUAUGUGCUUCUGUACUUCGAAAUUAUAAAACUGUAUCCAUCAUCUAUCUGGAUACAAAAGGUGAUUUUAUUGCAGAUAGAUUACUAGAAUAUCUUAAAAAGCAAAAUCUCAAACACGCUAAUGUACCGACGAAUGCAGCAACAAAAGAUGAACAUGGAACUUCCAAUGUUCCAAACUAUGAUAUCAAACAAUGUCUGACUAGGAUUCGUUGUUGUUUAGUACCAACAUUUGGCCAUCUCAUUGAUUCACUCAUAACUAUACGAAUGCAUAUAGAUAAAGCACAACGUCAUAUACAUAGUUUAUCUACUCCUACUGAAGAAUUUUUCUCAAAUUGUAAACUUAUUAUUAUAGAUAGUUUAACAAUACCAUUUUUAUCGUGUAUGUCCACUUUACCACAAUUGGGUAUAUCACAACUUGCUCUUAUUAUAUCUGAACUACAACGUUUAUCUACAUUAUAUUAUUGUACUAUAUUAAUUACUAAUCAUGCACGAUCUCAAUUUAUUAAUUUUUUAAAUAAACAACAAUUUAAUCGAAAUUCAUUACCAUCAACUUCAAUUGGUUGCCUUGGUAUCAAUUGGUCAUUAAUACCGAAUCAUCGUAUUUUAUUUGAAUGUUUAACACAAUGGACAAACUCUCUAUCUUAUAAAAUUAAAGUUAAAUUAGUAAAUAAUAAUUUAAAUAAAAUAAAUAAACAAACAAAUCAUUAUAAUAAACAUCAAUGUAAUGCUGAAACAGUUUGGGAAUUUACUAUGUAAUGAUGAAUACUCUAACCUAUAUGAGAAGAUAAUAUAAACAAGUAAUGUUUAUUUGUUAUAACCAUAAACUUGAUUGUUUGUUUAUUUUGUUUAUUGACAGUUUUGACUUUUGCUCUUUCAUAUUUUAUUAAAAACUUCAACUUUUGUACUAAUACUAAUGAAAGAUUUAAUAUUAUUGUAAUGUGAGCUACUUAUAUUGAUAUAAGUAGUAUAAAACAAUAGUCAGAAAUAGAAUAUAUAUUUCAUUACAAAGCUGUACAAUCGCAAAUAUAUAUAUACUUAUUUUUACAGGAUGAUAAUAAACGUCUGUUAGAUAUGGUGACAGUGAGGUUAAAUAAACAAAG